GCUGCUGUGACCCCCAACUCCCCCUUCUUUUGGGCACAGGACUUCAAAGAGCAGAUCAUCCACCACGUCGCCACCAUCAUCCUCAUCAGCUUCUCCUGGUUCGCCAACUACAUCCGUGCCGGGACGCUCAUCAUGGCCCUGCACGACUCCUCGGAUUACCUGCUGGAGUCUGCCAAAAUGUUCAACUACGCCGGGUGGAGAAACACCUGCAACAACAUCUUCAUCGUCUUCGCCGCCGUCUUCAUCAUCACCCGCCUGGUCAUCCUGCCCUUCUGGAUCAUGCACUGCACGGUGGUUUAUCCGCUCGAUCUCUACCCCGCCUUCUUCGGCUACUACUUCUUCAACUUCAUGAUGGUGGUGCUGCAGUCGCUGCACAUCUUCUGGGCCUACCUCAUCAUCCGCAUGGCCCAGAAGUUCAUAACUGGAAAGGUGGUGGAGGAUGAGAGGAGUGACCGUGAGGAGACGGACAACUCGGAGGAGGAGGAGGAGGCGGCGAAGAACGGGCCCCUGUCCAACGGCCACCCCGUCCUCAACAACAACCACCGCAAGACCGACUGAGCGCCCCCGACCCAGAGCUGCCACCUCCCGCCGGGACCCCGGAGCGCCCUCCUGGGCCCCGAUUCCCCCCCGGAGCAGAUUCCCCCCGGAGCGGGGCCGCGGCGCCGGGGCGGCCGUUUGUCCAGCUCACGCUCACCGUCGGUGCCCUUCCUGCCUCUCACCUGCUGCCUUAAUCCACUGUGGUCCCCGGGACAGGCGGGGAUCCCACCGGGAGGGCUCCCAUCCCACCGGGAUGGCUCCUUCCCUCCCACAGCCCCCUGGGAUCGAUCGGCUCUGCCCGAAGAGCUCGGCCCCGGCCCCUUGCUGGGCUGCAGCCUUGUGUUAUUCCCCCUUUCCCAACCAUUCCUUCACCGGGGAGGGGGAAAAGCCCUUUCCCUGCCCUGGACCGGGCUCACUCCCUGCUCCCCCGCACCGGGAGGGAGGAGCAGGGGAUUCCUGGGUGUUUUAGUGCCUAAAUGAUGGGAUGACACUUGGGGGAAGGAAGCUGCGGGGUCGAGUCACUCUUGGUGUCUCACGGAGUUUAAUCCCCUCAUUUCUCUUCUGUAAAUGGAUUUGGAGUCUCUCCCUCUCCGUGGCCUCUCCCAGUCCCUUCCCCAGCUGUAACAGGACAAACUUCCAAGUGAUUUUCCUUAUUUUUUUUU